AGAGCAUCCUGAGCCUCAGCUGCUGGACCUGGACUUACUGGACUUGGACCAGAACCACCAGGACUGAACUUAGAACCACAGAAGAAGAGACAGGGGAACAGGUGAACCAUGCUCAGGUGGGUGGUGCUGUUUUCCAUGGGGGUGGAGCUUAUGUGGGCUUCGUUUGAUUACGUCUAUGAGGAGCAGUCCUUCCUGGACCCCGAGGAUGUUCUGACAGUGACUGUUCCUCUGGAGGUUCCUCAGCGCCCCCUGCUGGGUUCAGCCAUCAUCCUGCCCUGUUUCUUCCAGGACCACACGGUCCCAGACCCUGGCGCCCCACUUAUCGCCCCCCUGUCUCAUCGCAUCAAAUGGAGCCUGGUUACCAAAGACAAGGUCACUACAGUCCUAGUGGCUCUGGAGGAUCAGAUCCGGAUUACAGAGAACUACCUGGACCGGGUCCAGCUGCUGGGAUACCCCGCAACCCCGACCGACGCCAGCAUACGGCUCUCAGAGCUCCGGUCCAGUGACUCCGGGGUUUAUCGAUGUGAAGUCCAACACGGCAUCGAGGACGACCACGACCUGGUCCACGUCCACGUCCAAGGUAUCGUGUUUCAUUACCGGCCAAUCAUGGGACGCUACAGUCUGACAUUCGAGAAGGCGAACGACGCCUGUUCUCAGAACAGUGCAGUGAUGGCGUCACCUGAGCAGCUGCAGGCGGCGUUCGACGAUGGGUUCCACCAAUGCGACGCUGGAUGGCUCUCCGACCAGACUGUCAGAUAUCCGAUCCAUGAUGUCCGUCUGAAUUGUUACGGCGACAAAGAUGAACUUCCUGGAGUUCGAACGUACGGCAUCAGAGACGUGAACGAGACAUACGAUGUCUACUGUUUCUCAGAGAAGAUGACGGGCAGAGUCUUCCAUGUGGCAUCUCCAGAGAAGUUCACUUUCCCGGAGGCUGUGGCAGCAUGCUCUGCCCACAGAGCUCACCUGGCGUCCACGGGGCAGCUGUACCUGGCCUGGCAGGGUGGGAUGGACGUGUGCAAUGCCGGCUGGCUCGGAGACCGCAGUGUCCGCUACCCCAUCAGUGUCCGCCGGCCGCAGUGUGGAGGUGGGCUGCUGGGGGUCCGGACCGUUUACCUGUUCACCAACCAGACUGGAUACCCGCCCCCCGAGUCCAGAUAUGACGCCUUUUGCUACACAGAGUUUCCUGAUGAUGAAGGUUCAGGCUCUGACGAAGAGGGAAGUGGUGGUGUUCUGAGUGUUUCCACGGUAACGCAGAGUCCGGAGGUGUUCUUCAAGAGGACGACCACAGAGAGCGAGGCUGUUGGAGAGCUGGAGAGUCAGCACCCCACUCACCCCACCUUUACAUUGGCUCCGCCCACUCCAAUCACCUUCACAGAGCUGGUGCCAUUGACUCCGCCCCCUGACCUAAUAGAGUCGAUUACCGCGCCGCCUGUUGUUGGCAGAGAGCCCGACGCCACCUUUGUGAUGCCCCCCACAGGUGUGGUAUUCCACUACCGACCCGGAUCGGGACGGUACUCCCUCACCUUCGUGGAGGCCCAGUUGGCCUGUCAAAGUGUUGGCGCCUCCAUGGCCUCAGCAGAGCAGCUGUAUGCGGCGUACGAGGCUGGAUACCAUCAGUGCGAUGCCGGAUGGGUCCUGGACCAGACCGUCAGAUAUCCCAUUGUUUCCCCUCGUGAGAGAUGUGCAGGAGAUCUGGGAGAAAAGCCUGGAGUUCGGUCGUAUGGACUCAGACCUGCAGAUGAAAAGUACGAUGUGUACUGUUACAUUGACAAACUCAGAGGUGAGCUGUUCCACCUGGGCUCAGCCGAGGGCUUCACCUUCAGCCAGGCAGUUUCAGGCUGUCUGCAGCAGAACGCCGUCCUGGCCUCCACCGCUGAACUCUACGCUGCUUGGAGGCGGGGCUUUGAUAAGUGUCGCGCCGGCUGGCUAAGUGAUCACAGCGUCCGUUAUCCUAUCAACAGCCCUCGUGCUCAGUGUGGGGGCGGAGCCAAAGGAGUGCACACUGUGUACGUUCACCCAAACCAGACUGGUUAUCCUGAAGACCACACCCUAUACGACGCCUACUGCAUCAGAGCUGAUCUCCAGCUUAUUGCAAAUGAAACUGGACUGAACAUCACAGACGUCCAGGAGGCUCUGAUCAACCUGACAUCCAUCACUGACCUGCUCAGGCCUCCUCUUCCUUCCAUUGCACCUCCUAUUCCAGUGGAGGCCUCAGGUUCUGGGUCAGGUUCAGUAGACUUUGGCUCAGGAUCUUCAGAGGGUAGUGCCUCUGGGGAGUAUUCUGGAGACCUUCGUGGUUCUGGAGACCUGUCUGGUUCUGGAGAGCUUCAUGGUUCUGGAGACCUGUCUGGUUCUGGAGACCUUCAUGGUUCUGGAGACCUGUCUGGUUCGGGAAACCUUCCUGGUUCGGGAAACCUUCCUGGUUCUGGAGACCUUCCUGGUUCUGGAGAGCUGGCUAGUGCUGGAGACCUUUCUGGAUCAGAUAGGUCUGGAUCAGGACUACAAGAAGCUGGAGAGGGGAGCGCUGGUGUCCUCAUCUUCCCAAAAUCUGGAUCUGGCUCUGAGGAGCUCAGUGGGAGCUGGGAACAGUCAGGGUCAGGCUCUGGAUCCGGUUUCAGCUCUGUGGAAAGCUCUUCAGAUUUACAGGACUUAUCUAGGUUCAGUGGGUUCUCAUCUUCUGGAAGUGUUCAGUCUGGAUCUGGACAUGUUCCGAUUAUCCUGAUUGAUGGAGAACUGAUUGAUGGAUCCUCUUUUGGGACCAGUCAGGAACUUGGUGGUGGUCUUCUGCACUUCAGCGGUUCUGGAGGUCUUUCAGGAUCGGGUCUCAGUGGGGACCUAAGCGGGUCAGGAUCUGGGUUCUUCUCUGGUGUGAACUUUGUGGACUCAGGGUUUACUGAUUUCACAGAGUCCUCGUCUGGAGAGCAGGAGGCCUCUGGGGUUCUGCUGUUUGGUUCUGGACUGGGGUCUGGAUCAGGAAAUUCAGAAUUUAUGUCUGGGUCUGGGUCAGGAUUCAUAUCUGUGUCUGGAUCAGGGACAUCAGAGCUUCUGUCUGGAUCUGGGUCUGGGUUUCUGUCUGGGUCUGGAUCACGUGAGGUCACGUUCCUGAGUGGAUCUUUCCUGACAGAAGUAUCUGGACGUUCUGCGGUCCCUGUGGAACUGGGACGGGGUUCUCUGGAGUCCAGCGGUGGUGGUUCCUCUGGGUCUGGUUCUGGUGCUUCCUCUGGUUCCCCUCUGCAGAUCAUGGUUCCCUCUACGUCCAUGAUGGAGGUGCUAACAGAGACCAUGUCAGAACCAGUGGACUCCACAGAGGGCACCACUGACAUCAAUGUGACCCCUGACCCCAUUCCUGUACCUGCAGGUCUGUUGGCUCCACCCACUGCAUCACCUGAGCAGCCUCCAGGUGCAUCAGAACACACAGGUGUUUUGGACCCAUGUGACCUUGACCCCUGUGGUGAUGCUGAAUGUACGGUGAAGGACGGACUGGCGGUGUGUCCUGAGGUAGAUGUGUGCCGUUCCAACCCUUGUUCCAAUGGCGCCACCUGUGUGGACCACGCAGACUCAUACACAUGUUUGUGUCUGCCCAGCUACGGAGGAAAACACUGUGAGAGCGAUGAGCAACAGUGUGAGGAUGGUUGGACAAAGUCCAGGGGAACUGUUACCGUCACUUCUCUGAGCGACAGGUUUGGGCUGGACGCUGAGCGGAGCUGCAGAGAUGUUGACGCCCACCUGGUCAGCAUCAUCACGCCUGAGGAGCAGAACUUUGUCAACGGCCACUCCCAGGACUACCAGUGGAUCGGACUCAACGACAAGGCGGUGGAGAAUGACUUCCGCUGGACGGACGCGCCACUGCAAUUUGAGAACUGGAGACCGAACCAACCGGACAACUACUUCAACUCUGGAGAAGACUGUGUGGUGAUGAUCUGGCACCAGAACGGACAGUGGAACGACGUGCCCUGCAACUACCACCUGCCCUUCACCUGCAAGAAAGGCCCAGUGUCAUGCGGUGUCCCUCCUGAUGUGCAGAAUGCUUACACAUUUGGUGUGAGGCAGAGCCAGUAUCCUGUCGGCGCUGUAAUCCGAUACCAGUGUCACCUAGGCUUCAGACAGCGCCACCUGCCUGUAGUUCGCUGUAAAGCAGAUGGUCAGUGGGAGGAGCCACAGGUGGAGUGUACAGAUGUCAAAUCCAGAUGGAAACAGAGAGGAUUGAAGACCGACGUCCGACAGAAACACAGAGCAGAUAAAUAUAAGGAUCCAAUGGACGCUCAGAGAAGGUGUCACAUGACCCCGUCUGCUCCUUUGCUGUAUGUGCUCAUGUUAAGUGUGUGGAACCAGGACGCCCCUAGUGGCCAAGGCCAUUCAUGACACUGACAGGCUGUGACUGUUUCCUGUUUAUUCACUGUUUAAUUCAGCCUCAGCAUUUAAAAACCAACACAAAUACAGGUCUUUAAUGAUGGUGCACAAGCAAAACUUCACUUUUGGUCUUUACUUCUUGAAUGUUUUAUGAUAAUUGUCAUGUUUUUACAUCUUCUCUUCAUCCUUGUUUGAUUGUUUUUUAAUUUGUCUUUUAAUUUGCACUUUUAUUGUUUUCAUCUUUGUUUGAAGAUGAAAAGGGUUGAGGUUUUAUUCUGACACUUACUGCAGCGCGGUGAAGCCGGUGAAUAGUCCACAUGAAGACCCAUGAAGACAGUGAUCUGUGUGUGGACGUCCAUUGUCCCUGUCCAGUAAGUCCAACCCACGGGUCCUUCAGUCCCAGUGUCUGUUGACCCUCGGCCACAGCUGCUCAUUCAACUCCUCCUGGUUUUCACUCUGUAUUUAUUUCUGUGCUUCUGAUAUUUGACGAGGUCAAAGGUCAGUUCAUGUUUAAUGUCUUCACUUCAGCUGAGAUGUUCAAAUGGCACAGCCAGUCAAGCCUUAAUCAUUACAUGUUCAAAUCAAACAGCAAAGAUUAUAUAUAUAUAUAUAUAUAUAUAUAAUA